AUGGCCAUGGAUCACCAUGAUCGCGCUGGCGGCCCCAUGGCGUUGUCCAAUAGUGCGAGGCCAUCGAUGGACCAUCACCACCACCACCACUCCUCACUAGCUACUCCUCAACAGCCUCAUUAUCAUCACCACCCGCAGCACCACCCGCAGGUCCCUUACGACUACGCAGCCGGCAGUGGGAGUGCGAGCGCCAGUGGCAGCGGUAGCAACAGCCCUAGCAGCACUCUCGUCCGCUCCCAGCAGGCGUCGCAAGAUUCGGGCAUGUCUAGGCGAUCAGCUGACAUGCUAGCCAGACAACAGGCAGAAGUGGGCUCUUCAUCCUCGCAUUGGCAGCAAAGCGUUCCCUCAGAUUCAUCAACUGGCGGCCCAAGCGCGUCGUCGUCCAUGCAUCGCAUAUCCGCAGUCGACUACGGUCGAGUGCCCGUGCCCAAUGGUCAAGGUGGGGCUGGAAUCAACUACUCGCAUCCAGCCAUGCAGCAACAGCUGCAGCAACAGCAGAUCCAGCAAUACUACGCAGCUCAGCAGCCGUCGGGGAUACCCUCCGCCAGCCCUUCGAUGAUGACGGUUCCGCACGUUCGACCGCCGCUGAGAUCAAGGACGUUCGGGUUGGGCCGCAACCUGCGCCCACAAGAGGACCUCGUCGAUCCAGCCUUUUUCCCCGGCGGUAUCGUGCCCGCAGAGGCGGUUACGCUCCUGGGUACGGGCGUCGAUCCAAAGACGAAGCAGUGGCCUAACUUCAGCGUCGAGCUCAAGGCUCCCACUUUUGACGAGAGAGGAUACCCCGUGUACUCCGGGAGAGCAGCGGGCAUCAAGGGCGAAAUUAGAAUGAGGCGAUCGGAUGUGGCUGAUGUGGUCAUCAAGAUCUCUGCUCACACCACGAGCGGUUCUGCAGCAGCCGUCUGGGACGGUGUGGCUUUGCAGCCUCCAGAGAGCGGAACAGAGCGAGCAGUGUUCCAGACUGUAGAGAAGGUGGCAUUCGAAGAGGGGAGAGUCGAGGCGCCGACACCUGGUUUACAGCCGAUGGAGGAAGCUGACAGCGGGGAUGCGGUCCACAUGAUUCCAUUUACGCUCAAUCUGCCAGUCGGAGGUAACACGCGCAUGGUCGAUGGCAACGUGGAGACGGUCGCUGUGGCCCUCCCGCCGUCAUUCGAGAUGUCCUCAGAACAGGACGCCAGAGAAAAGGCAGUGCUGCGGAAUACUGCAAGCGCGGGCACAGGCUCGAGUGGUCGAGGCAGCGGUGAUGGACAAGGCAGCGGAGGAGGUGUACCGCCAGGUAGCGGGGCAGCCAGUAUCAAGACGAGCAGGACAAAGAUGACCGCUCUCACGCUGAGAGAUGCCGUGGAAAGUGGCCUGCAGCAGGUGUAUCGCAUCGGCUGCUUCUACCGCAUCACCUUCACUCUGGUCAGGCGCAAGACGUCGGGAGACCGCAGUCGCAAGUCGUCAGGGUCCUUCUUCAGUAAGGGAAAGAAGAGUGCAAAGGCCACGUCUCCCUCAGGGUCAGCAGGAUCAACAGCCACAGCGGGCAAGCAGGGCAAAGGCUCAGAUACCAUCUCGAUCCCCUUCGUCUUCCUCGGCGAGCCGACACAGCUGCCGCCCCCACCGGCAAGCCUCCCGCCAUUGCGGCUCAGUAUCCUAUCCACGCCGAGCGUGCCAUUGGCUCGCGGCUGGGAGUCUGAGGUGGUGACGGCCAAGUGGUCCGGCAUGCUACUCAAGGCACUCAAGCGCAACGUGGAGCUCGAGCUCUUCUUCCCGGCGGGAAAGAUCAUUCAGGCGCCGAGCGUUAUCCCCGUGCUGCUAGUCAUCCGGCCCGAAGAUCCCGAGCUGCUUCCGCAACCCUUUUCGGCAGCUUCGCCCGUGCUGGGCUCUCCAAGUCGGUCGCAUCCUGGCUCGCCGAGACUCAGCAGUGCCUUGUCACGAACGGACGAUACCGCGGUCGGCAGUGAUCAGCAGGUUCGAUCGCCACCGUAUCUGCAGCAGCGAACGGCCAGCGGCAACCAUGUCCCGACGAAGAGCUCCCUGGCGCAAGUCUCUCGGGCGAGUGAGGAUGACGAAGAGCAAGAACAGCUCGACGACGGAGAUGACAUCGGUGCUAGUCCAACGCAAAGCAACGCUGGCGUCUCGCCCUCAACGUCGAACCAGGGGAACUCUCUGUCGCGGCUCAUUCGCUCCUCCCUCUCGAUCACGCGGCCGAACAAUGCCAAUGACUCAGCGACCUCGUCGGGAACAGGGGCAGCGGCAGGACGACCAAGCAUGGACUCAGCUGGCGGAGCUCCUUCCUCGCCGCAAAUGUCAUCGUCGCAGCAGAAGCCCUUGAAGAAGAAGUCAUCCCGCCCCUCAUUCGCCUUUGGUCGCAAUCGACCCAGCACUGCUCCCUCGACGACGGGGAGUGAUGAGUCGCGCACCGGCACAGAGACAUCCUUCACCGUCCGCGGCGGCGGUGGUCCGGGCUCAUCAUCCGGGUCAAGCGGUUCCCCCGUCGACCUCCCCGCCCUCGUACGCGUGUCGUUGCUACAGAACGUCUUCUACUCGAGCAGCUCGGUCAACGAGACGCCAAAGAACAAGCGCCGCCUCGUCAGCGUGGCCGACUUGGAAGAGGUGGACUACGCGGCCAUUGUGAGCGCGCGAGGUGGGGCGGUAGAGGGCACGGAUGUUGCUUUGCAAGUAGAGGAGGCGAAGCGUAAGGGUGUGCGCGUGCUUCGUGGGCUGCUCAGGGUGGGAAGGGAGGCCACCCCGUCCUUUAGAGUGCAGGGCAUUGAGCUCAAGUACGCGAUCAAGGUCGACCUACUCCCUUUCAAUCCAAGGACGAAGACGCGUGUCAACGCUACGCCUUCGAGCCCUCCGAGGACACCACCUGGUCGUCCGUCCAUUCACGCCGCCUACGCGCAGCGUCCAGGUCAAGCGCACCAGACCAAUCCCUCCCUCUCCUCCUCUUUCACCGCCUCAAACUCGCUACAAUGGUCUCCAUCCAAGCAGGGCGGGCAAUCAGUGCAUUACGACCCCAGCCUGCCUAGCGUCCCUUCUUCGACGCUCGGCGGCUUUGCUGGGGCGAGCGGCAUCGCUGCUUCUGAGGCUGGAUGGACAAAGAGGAGUCCCUCGGACCAGACGGUCAUGGCGCCUGAGAUGGCAAAGUUGAGCAAGACUGUCGGAGCUUUGUGGAUCAAUGUCAGGCUGGUGAAGGGGAGGGGCGCGAUUUGAGCACGCGGCGCGAUGCGGCCCCACGCCACGAUACGAUACAUGAGCUUUUCGCGUAGGGACGCUGCUGUCAUUGAUUCAGUACUCCUCCUCCGCAGCUCCUUCUUCCUCUUUCUCGUCCUAUUUCCAUCCUUCCAUUACGCCCGCCUCUUCUUUCUCCUCCUCCUUCUU